GUGAUGACGACACAUCAGACAAAAUAGGGUGUGGUAAUGAAAACGAACAAGUAGUAUGUAAAGGGGAAAUAAGAACACAUGACGUCUCCAAGGUUAUAGAUGAGGCMUGCAGUGCUGAAUUGAAAUCUGACWGGAUUCAUCCGUUGCUUUCCUCGCAGCAGGACAACAGGGWUCGGGAAUGUUUAAGCAUCAUCAAAGAAWCAGAAGACAUGGRUAUUGAUUGGAUAUCUCAGGGUGCAAGACCAAAGACAAUAGGUUUACAGUCUUUACAAGAUGAUUAUAUCGUUUCUGGUGUCGACUCUUCAUUYCUUGCMCGACAUUCGAAUGAUUCCUCUUUAACUCGAUCWGUGUACUCYCGGACUCAAGUAACUAACAAUCCAAUACCUUUUUUGUCACUCCCUGUCUGUAGCAAUACAAGAGCAGGUGUUACUUCUUUUGAGAAAACAUGGCCCAUUUGCGAUGAAAGGUUGUUACCAGAUCAGGACAAUUCGWCAUCUUUCAGUGAGAAACCUAAGCUGCCUUACCAAGGUCUGCCUUGUGGGACACAAAAGGAACCUGUCGUGACCUUUGACACUGAUAUUUAUUCUUCCGAAGAKCAAACGAAAAAGGAAAACUCUAGAACAAUCUCUAGAAUCUCUCACUCUAGUGAUUUUGGUACAACAAAAUCGGAGAGAGCAGAAGGAAAGGACAGCAUUAAAUGUGAUUUGCUUUUGCAAGGAAAAGGAAUCGCUGAUGCUUCUGCUUCUGAUGGUGGUUAUGAUGAUGAUGGUCAUGGUCAUGGUCAUGGUUUUGGUGAUGUUGGUAAUGUAGRUGAUGGUGAUGAUGUUGACGAGGCCAUUGGAAAUGCCGAUACUGGUGGUGAUGAUCAAAUGAAACAGCAAUCUCAAGUUGUAUUUAACAGCAUUCACGAAGUACGAUCCCCCAAUACAUUUGGCUUACCUCCUCUCUUAAACAGCAAACACUUGGAUGAAAAUAUCGAUUUGCCCCAAACACAAGAUUCAAGUAGUGUAUCUGGUUCAUACGAAACGGCAGACAACUCGUUGGAAUCUCUUGAGUCUUUAGAACAUCAUAUUAAURRAUCCAWRAUGACUUGGAGUCAAAUGAGCGAAAGCAUGCUGGACGACGUUGGAGACGAAGAACACCUGGACGAGGAAUUGGAAUCUGAGAAUCAAGAAGAACCAGAGAGAGRGAUACUAUUGGCUGCCAGCAGUGAAGGGAAUGAGGRGGAGAAUAAAAACRGAAAKGAAACAGAARGGAAAUGCGAAGUUGGGAAAAAUAAGAAUUCUAUGGAAAGUAGAGGAAGUUUGGUGCGUCUUUUCARUUGGGCAAAGAAAUUGGGAAGAAAGGAAAGAGAAACAAGGGAAGCAGACGCAGAAAAGGGAGACACUUUUCAUUCACAAAGGAAGGAGGUAAAUACUCAGGCCGCUGAACAAAUGACAUCGCURCCAGCUCAACGCGUAUCCGCUGAURUUUGUGAUGCGAGAGAACGAGAAUUACGCAUAGCGCGGSAACGGGAACGCAAACAAAAGCUCGAAAAAGAGCUAGAAGAAAUCAACARACGACUAGAAGMGUCACAAAAAGAAAAGGCGCAAAKCGCCACGUCGUCACCCCAACCGGCACGCCUUCCUGUCCARGAAUCUAUAAACGAAUGGGCGUGUGAUCAUUAYAAGAGAAAAUGCGAAAUCAAGUUUCCCUGUUGUAAGGAUUUUUAUCCGUGUCAUCGGUGCCAUAAUAACUCUGAUAACUGCGAGAAAGAUGAUAUGAAAGCACUUCACGGUACGCACCUUCGUUGCUCGGUUUGUCUAACGGAACAAGAAAUAACAGAAAAUAGUCACCAUUGUAUAAACUGUAAUACCCAACUUUCCGAAUACUUUUGCGGUAUCUGUAAACACUUCACGGGUAACGAGAAGACGCCUUACCACUGUUCGCCAUGCGGGAUAUGCCGUAUCCAUAGAGACAGAUCGUUUCAUUGUGACGUAUGCAAAGUAUGUCUUGACGAACGGCUGAGAAAUAACCAUAAAUGUAGACCUGACUCCGGUCAUGAUGAAUGCUGUAUUUGUCUGGAGGAUGCUUUUGGAGGAUGUCAAAUCCUGCCUUGUUCACACAAAGUUCACCGCGAAUGCGCUAUUGCUAUGUUAAAGAAUGGAGUGUAA